CCAUCCUCCCUCCAGCGCCGACAGCUCCAGGUAGCUGCGGGGAGAGCGGACACAAGUGUGGCAAGCCGUGGAGGAUAUAAAGCUUUUCCCCGUCCUUCAGCUGAGCCGCACCUCCAAGAUGAUGAGUUAUUAUAUGGACACAACCAUCGGCAGCACGGCUCCUUAUCCUUUGGCUCGGCCUGGAAUGAUGAAACAAGGAGUCCCUGCUCCCUGCGAGGAUCCCUGGCUGAUGUGUGGCUUCCAGGCCUCCUGCUGCCAGCCCCGGCCGUGCUGCCCGCUGUGGGACGAGCCCGCCACGCAGGAGGUGCCCACGGGGCUGGAGCACUACGGCACGGACAUGGAAUGUGCAGACGUGCCUCUAUUAACACCCAGCAGCAAAGAAAUGAUGUCCCAGGCGCUGAAAGCCACGUUCAGCGGCUUUGCCAAGGAGCAGCAGCGGCUGGGAAUUCCCAAAGACCCCCAGCAAUGGACAGAGACGCACGUGCGGGACUGGGUGAUGUGGGCAGUGAACGAGUUCAGCCUGAAGGAAGUGGAUUUCCAGAAGUUCUGCAUGAAUGGAGCUGCCCUCUGUGCCCUGGGCAAGGAGUGCUUCCUGGAGCUGGCACCUGACUUUGUGGGUGAUAUCCUUUGGGAACAUCUGGAGAUCCUGCAGAAAGAAGAGGUGAAACCAUACCCAGCAAACGGAGUGAACACCACGUACCCCGAGUCCCGCUACACCUCAGACUACUUCAUUAGUUAUGGCAUCGAGCACGCCCAGUGCGUGCCCCCCUCCGAGUUCUCGGAGCCCAGCUUCAUCACGGAGUCCUACCAGACCCUGCACCCCAUCAGCUCGGAGGAGCUGCUGUCCCUCAAGUACGAGAGCGACUAUCCCUCGGUGCUGCUGCGGGAGCCGGCGCAGGACUCGCUGCAGACAGACUACUUCUCCAUCAAGCAGGAGGUGGUGACACCAGACAACAUGUGCAUGGGCCGUGCCAGCAGAGGUAAGCUGGGAGGCCAGGACUCCUUCGAGAGCAUAGAGAGCUACGACAGCUGUGACCGCCUGACGCAGUCCUGGAGCAGCCAGUCCUCCUUCCAGAGCCUGCAGCGCGUCCCCUCCUACGACAGCUUCGACUCCGAGGACUACCCUGCCACCCUGCCCAGCCACAAGCCCAAGGGCACCUUCAAGGACUAUGUGCGGGACCGGGCCGACAUGAACAAGGACAAGCCUGUCAUUCCUGCUGCUGCCCUGGCUGGCUACACAGGCAGUGGACCCAUCCAACUGUGGCAAUUCCUGCUGGAACUGCUCACUGACAAGUCCUGUCAAUCCUUCAUCAGCUGGACGGGCGAUGGCUGGGAGUUCAAACUUUCAGACCCAGACGAGGUGGCCCGGCGAUGGGGCAAGAGGAAAAACAAGCCCAAGAUGAACUACGAGAAGCUGAGCCGCGGGCUGCGCUAUUACUACGACAAGAACAUCAUCCACAAGACGGCCGGGAAGCGCUACGUGUACCGCUUCGUGUGCGACCUGCAGAGCCUGCUGGGCUACACCCCCGAGGAGCUGCACGCCAUGCUCGACGUCAAACCCGACGCCGACGAGUGACAGGGACACGGCGCCGCCGCUGUCCUCGGGGAGAGCCCACGGGACUCGUUUGGUGGCUCUUCUUUAUUCAAUUUCGCUGUUCUUCUGCUCGUUUUUUUUCAAGGGCCACUCCGAUUCGAGGCUUUGAGGAUGUCGGGGGAGAGGGGGGAGGAAGAGGAAAACUUUUGGGAAGGAUGGGCUUUUGUUGAUUUCCUGAAAGCUCCAAGACAGGCUUUUCUGGGGGAAAAUUCUGAGUUUUAAGAAAGCCAGAAAAAUGUAGCUCACUUAAAAAACCAACAGUCCCCUCCCCACCCUUGGCUGUUUAGAAAAAAGUGGGAUUGAAUGGAUCCCUUUGGUUGCUCACACACAAACUGACAGGUCAGGAAUGACAAUAUUCCUGAGGAAUUUGAGGAAUUUAAACUUUUUUCUUUUGGAAAACCAAAAUGGGUGAAUAUUCUUGCUUUGGGGAGGGGCAAUAUAGGAAAAAACCAAGAACUGUUGUUCUUGUUCCAUCACCUUUCUGUCCAUUGUCUUCUUUUCUACAAGAGAUAGAAUUUUUCCUAGGAGGGAUCAAGACUUUUUUUAUUUUUUUUUUAAAGUUUUAUUUUAUUAAAUUUUGUGCCAGUAUUUGUUUGGUUUUUUUUUUUUUUCCUAAAUAGUCUUAAGCUCUAAGAUGGUCUCAGUAUUGCAAUAUUGUGUGUGUUUGUUUCUGUUCUGCCAGCAGAGAGUUUUAUCCCAGGGAGGAAAGAGAAGAAAAGGAAUUAGUUUAUGUAGACCCCACUGGAGAAUUGGAAUGCUGGGACUGGGAUGGAAAAAUGAACUCCAAAGUGGCUCCUGUUGAUGCUGGCUGGGGGUGCCACUCAUGUUUCCAGCCCCACACGCUGUGCUGAUAAUGCUGGUUGAAAUCCCUGCUAUUUUUUUAUCUCUGGCUGCACAAAUCCUCUCAAAAUUUCCAUGGAAAAUGUCUUUUUGCAUUUUCCAAAUCACUUCUUUUGCUCAAGGAACACUUUGGUGCUUAGAGAAAACUUUUUUUUGAGAAGGAGAAAGGAGAGAAAUUCCCAUGUUUUCAACGUGGUAAAUGGAAAAUAUGCAAGUUAAUUGAGGGGGAAAAUCAGGAAAAUGAUCAAAACCCAAAGGGAAAUGUUUUUUCCUUCCUGUUUCAAGCAGCUCUGUCUUCAUGGCCGUGUGUGGGCACAGCAGAAAGGAAAUUGUCCCUGCAAAUGGGCUCGUUCUGCCUCCUGGGCUGCUGCUCACACCAGGCACGGCCGACUGUGGGAUCACUCCCAGGGCAGCUGCUCCCUCCCUCUGGCCUCCCAACCCUUCCUGCAGCUGGAUUGCUCUGGAGGGGUCUCUCCUGCUGUUCCCAGGGCUCCCUGGAUGGCUGAGGACAAUCCCCCACCCCUCAGGUGUUCUUGCUGGGAGUUGGAGGCUCAGAGGUUGUUCCCAUAUCCCAGAGGCAGAUCAAUUCCACCCAAGGGAAUCUUUCACCCCUCUGGGUGAUUGCAUUUAAAGGCAAUGUUUUGUACUUUACCAAAGUCCCCUCUCUGUGUGCUGUGUGUGUCUUUGGGGCACGGAGUUCAUUCCAGAGGCACUGUGGGACAGCUGGGAAUGGGGGCUCAGAGCCUUUCCAGAGUGCUGCAGAGUGACUCCUGAUCCCAAUGGAGCAGGGGCAGGACAGGAAUCUGUGAAAUAUCCAGAAUAUUCAGGCACAUCCCCACCCCCAGGGGCAGAGCUGGAGGGGAGCCCAAUCCCAAAGUGAUGCCCAGAGGUGCUGGGCUCCUCUUUUCCCUCUGCAGCUGGGGCACCCAGCACUUCUGUACCCUAAAACUGCUCAUUGCAGGGAAAGUCAGCCCCAAAACUGUUGUGUCCUUAUGAAAGGGGGGUUGGAGGGGAAAUGGGAGGGUCAGGAGGGAGCUCCUGCCAAGGGGGUGGAAGCAGAGGGGGUCCAGGAAGGGAGGUUGUUACACUCAGGUGCUGAGGGUUGUCUGAAGGAAAGGCUGGGAUGGGUGGAAAGGAGGGAAGAGGGGAUGGAAGGAAGGUGAAGGGAACCCCAGAGGAGGAAAGGGACGCUGCCCACUGAGAAGUGGAACUUGGGCUCAUCUCCUCGGGCAGGCAGGGAGGAGGAGAAUGGAGGCAGCCUGGCCAAGUUGGAGGGAGGAAAGGAAAAUAGGGAUAUGAUGGAUGAGACCCCCAGAGGGUCUCUGGGCCAGAUCAGCCAAGGCUGGGCAGCUGGACAGGGAGCCAGGAGAGCUGUGAGGGCACAGAGUGCACAGGGAGGAGCUGGUAAAGAACAUCCCAACAGGAAAGGUUGGAUUUCCAUCAGAGGAUUUUUUUGGGAUGUUGGUGGUUGUUGCAAAGUGCCCUGAGCUUGCCCAUCAUGGGUCACUUAAAUCCCUCUUCACCUUUAGAAAGGGACUCCCAGACAUCCCAGCUCCUGCCCCUGGCGUGGGCCGUGUCCCAGGACAUCCCUCCUGGUUUCUCAGGUACUCCAUCUGAAAAAGAAAAAGAAUGGGAUAAAGUUUCCCUCCAAUAGGAAGAAUUGCAGUUUUGGCUACAACCCUGUCCCCCUGCCAGGAUAAAUCCCUCAUCCACUGUGCUUAUUCCAGGUUUCCAAGCCGAGUCUGGGUGUUCCCAGUGAUUUUGGGGAGAUGGUUCGAGGUUAGGAAGAGGGAGCCAUGGGAAGCAGCUCUGGAUUUUUGGAAGGAACCUCUGGCUGGAGUUUCUCCAUCAUUUUUUCACCCUUUGCCCUCCCAGCUCCCAGCCUCAGUGAACAGUCCCAGACACAUCAGCUCCAUCAUUUCCGAUUUUCCUUUGCUUUUAUUCCCAUUCUAGAGGCCAUCCCAGAGAUGGGUGCUGUUUAUACACUGGAAAUGUGCAGAUUUCUCUUUGUUUCUUUUGCUUUGGUUCCUUUUUCCUUUUGCUUUUCAUUGCUGGCCUUUGGCGAGGGCUGUGCUGAGCCAGACGAGCUCAACCCAAACCCUCUGAGCUCCUUCAAGUCCAUGAAAGCUCGGUUAAUUCCCACCUGCUGGCCCAGAAGGAUGGAUUUGAGAGAGAUGAUGGAGAUCUGCCAGGGCUGGGACUCCCUCCUGUGCUGCUUCCUCCACACAGGAGCGAAUUUCCCCUCGCAGAUAGUGUUGGAAACGAGGUCAUUUUGUCUUGCUUUGGAAUGUCUCAGGUGCUUUGGGUGAGUUUUUGGGAUAUUUUCUGUGUCCUGCUCAUUUUCUGCUGUUUCCAUGUGGAUUGGUGUCCCCUUGGCCCCUCUGGCAGAGCCUGAGCCCUACUUGCAAACAGCUUUGUGGGCUCUGACAGUUGAUAUUUGGGAAGUCAAAAAUAAAGGAAAAAACCCAAUAAUGAUAAAACCCACCCCAAUAAUGACAAAAACCACAAGCACUUUCCUGCCAGUCCCUCUCCAUCUCCAUGUGUGGGAUCAUCAUCAUCCUUGGACCCUGUGCUGUGUCCAAGUGGAGAUCCAUGUUAUUCCCACACUCCCACCAUCCCAAUCCAGCUGUUACUGGUCAGGGGGAGAAAUAACCAAACAGGGCAAAAAAUAAAGAAUAAUGUCAAAUUUCACUUUCUCUUGUCUUCCCAAACCAACAUCUCCUCCAAAAAACAGUCCCAGAAAGCACCAAUAAAUCCAGAUGCUGCAGAAAACGUCUCCACCUUCUGAGUUUUGAUUUUUUGGAGGGGUUUUCUCUGAGAUUUUAGGAUUCAGUUGCUGGUUCCUUGUGAACAUUGGAAAACUGGGAUGCCUUGGUGUGCUCUGUUCCCUGGUAGGGUCUAUGUAACACCCAGGAGCUGUUGUCUACAUUCCAAAGAGGUUUAAAUAAAGGAUAAGUCUAUGUAUACAUAUAUGUUAUAAUGGAAUAUCUCCAGGAAUUAACUGCCUCAGUAAAAAAAAACAACAAAAAACAAAAAAUGUAUUUUUUUUGUUUUAUUUUGGUUUUACACUUUUUUUUUAAGCUGAUAAACUUAGAAGUAAAAAAAAAAAAAAAGAGAUUGUUAUAUUGUGCUGUUCAACUAUUUUCCAACGUGUAUUUUCAUAUAAUUUAUAUUUUUUAAAAGUGGGAAAAAAAAAAGUUUAAAAGUGAGAUUUAAAAAAAAAACCAAAAAAAAAAAAAACAACAACAAGGAAAAAGCAGGUGCUUUUUUAAAAAAAAACCUGAGCUGAGGUAGCUUAGAGAUGUAGCGAUGUGUGUGUGUGUCCGUGUGUUGUGUCUGGUUCUGUUUGGUUUUUUUUAAAGGAUUCAAAAGAAAAAUAAAAUCCCUCCUCCAUUGAAUUCCUAGAGGAGGGGAUUGGUUUUGUUUUAAUUGCUGAUGCUGGCACAUCAUUUUGCUGGAGAGUUUUUUAUAUACUGUAGCCUUAUUUCAUAUCGUAUUUUAAACCAUGUGAAAUUAAAAGAAGAAUAAUUCCUAA